GGUCCAUUAAUAUAGGAUUAUCUCGGCAUCGUGCUUUACUUUUCAAGGGAGUUUUUGGUUGAUCUCAUGGCAGCUCCUGGGACACUUAUACCUGCUGAUAUUUUCAGUGCAAAGGAUACUGCUUUGAAGUCAUAUAAUCCAUCACUAAGCAAAAUCCUGACUACUCAGUCUUCUGAUGAUGUGAAGUUGUUUACCUGAGAGCCAAAUUAAAUGUUGAAGGCAGUAGCCAAAGUUCUGCAAUUAAUGGCAGUUUUCCCUCGGAUAGGGGAUCAAGUUCAAAAAACACAGAAUACUUGUCUUCAUUCUCAGGUCCAAGUGGUGACUCUGCUGUUGGCACUUCCAUAAUAUCUAACAAAAUGUCCCCUAAUCA